GUGCUGUCAACCCUAGAUCUUGAAAAUGACGAACACCGAAUGCCGAUCCAUUUGCCCCACGCGAUUUUUUCUUGUAUAAGGUGAUUUGGUCUAGAAGACAAAUAAGUUGGUGAUUAGAUAUUAAAAAUGUAUAGAAAUAAAAAAGACGUUGAUAAACACGUGGAGAAGUUGUUAUCCAAAUUGUCUGCGAAAGAGUUCAAAUCGCGUGCUUAUUCGGUAGCUCGACUAUAUUUCGAAGUAGGGGAUUAUUCAAGUUGUCAGAAAUAUGUCGAGCAAUACCUCACGCAAAAAGACAACAACGCUGCGGCGUACAAACUUCUUGGACAAGCUUUCCAGAAAAUGGGCUUGAAAGAAAAAGCCCUAGAACAAUAUAAAGCAUCUUUAGACAUCGACCCGGCCCAAACCAGCACUAUAUUGGAUAUUUGUGAACUCCUUGCGGAUAAUGAAGUCAUCAUUGAACCAGGCCGAGCUAAAUACUGGUGUGAAAAAGCAGAAGCUACUUUCCCCAGACACCCAGUUACAUUUAGACUGCGAGAGAAACUUAUUGCUGUCUCUAAUCCAGAUCCUGAAGCGCUUGUUACUUUGCUGAAUUCUGAGUUGGCAAUAAGACCCAAGGAUGCCACACUUCAUUCUCGUUUACUGAAUCACUUUUUGAACAUGAACAAAGUAAAAGAAGCUUUUGAACAUGCCUGCAAUAUUGAGUUUGGAGGGAAAGGUUUCAUUAACAACUAUGGUUGGUAUGAAAUUCUGAGUGAUCUUCUGAAGCAUAACGCACACAACACCAAUGACUGGCUUUUCCAGCUGCUUCUGCUCACUGUCAAAGAACGCAUCUGUUUAUUGAGCCUAACAGAAACUCCCAGUGGCUUAUCCAAGAGUUUAGUAGAGUCUGUUGAUCUACUUCAUGCUUAUGACCAAGCCAUUGAAAGUGUCACUAAAGCGGGAGCUUGCCCUGGUUUUGGUGAGUUUCACAAUGGGUUGUUACAACAUCAUAGAGGACAAAUAGCAUUUCAUGCUGCUACAUUGUUGCUAAAGAAGGCUAAAAAAGAUCAAAUAAGCUGGCGUGAUGCUACUAAAGUUUCUGGUCCACUGAUGCUGGUAGCUUGGCAAACAGUGCCUCUGGACACCAAAGUUAAUUGGUUGAGAAAUGCCCCUGAAAAGCAGCUAGUGGCAGUAAACCGCUGGUACUCAGAGGGAGCAUACAGAUGCUCUCAAGCUGGUCAUUACUUGCUUGCUAAUAUUCAAGAUAAAAAUCAUCAAUCAUUUUUAGAUCAGGUAUCUCAAAGUUACUCAGGAACUCACUGGAGAGACAAAUUUUACAGAAGUUUAUUUGCAAGUAAAAGUCAUUUAGACAAGAUAAAAUCAUCAUAUUUUGGUUCAAAUGCUUUUGCACAACCAGUUCUUAGGCUUCCAAGGAAAUCAGAAGUAGAAUCUUAUGAUGGUGAUGCUCAAAAAGAAUUUGGUUGCUCCCUUCAUCACUUUGUAUGGACUUUGCUGAAUUAUAAAAAUUUUGCCAAUUUCAACUGUACACUCUUUGACAUGCUCACUUAUAAUGCCACUACAUGUGGGCCUGAAACAUUAAACAAAUGUGAUAUUCAUGCUUUCCUUUAUUGUGCAGCCCUGACUGCUAAUCAAGUAAGAUCUAAAGAAUCAUCUUAUGUUACCAGUGAUAAACCUACAAUAAUACCAGCAAACAUAACAGACCUGCUAUGUCCACUUAUCCAAGUAAAGUGGUGGGAUUGUGCUUACAAAUUUAGCCAAAAUGAAUUGGGAAGUGAAUUGACUGACAUAAGAGCGACUCUGAGCCGUGGCAUUGAGGUUGUUCGGUGCAUUGACAAUCAUGGCCUUGAUCCAGAACUUCUUUGUACCCUUGGACGGAUUUUCAGUGAGAGAGCGACAGCUUCCAAUAAUUUAGAUGAAAAAGCUCAACUGGAAAUUAGGGCUGGGCUAUAUUACUCAUCAGCUAUUCCAUUAUUAGAAAAAUUAAAAAAUAAUAUUAUGGUUAAAUACCUUGAUAAAAGAAUGUUUGGUUAUACACAUAAAGACCUAGGCACUAAGGAACUGAAUGCAUUGCUUGAAGAGUCCAAAUUGUACAUAGCAGUCCAUCAUCUCAGUGAAGGCGAAUAUGAUAAAGUGAUCGAAAUUUUGUCCAAUUUGAAGUCUCCUCAAGCUCUAUAUCAUUUGAGCCAAACCUAUUUGAAAAUAGCUCUUGAAGAAAAUAAUACAUCAAGGGACUCAGAGACAAGGUCAAAAUACGCAACAUUAUUGACUAAAGCUAGAAUGUUCGCGUACAAAGCUUUGGAUAGACUCAAGGAGACACAGAAUAAAAAUCACCCCUUAUACUCAGACACACAAGAGCUCAUUGAAAAUAUAGAAAUACAUUUGAAUAAAGUUGAUUCAGAUGUAUCUGCAAUUGUUAAUGACAGAGAUGGCAAGUAUUCAUCAGAGGACAACAUAUCUGAGGACAGUGAACAUUUACAAAUAAGAACCAACUCCUACAUGUUUCGUAAUAUCAGUUCUACACCAAAAGCCUCCAAUGCUAGCAACAAUAACGCCACCAAUUAUAGGACUGCUAUAGAUUCCCAAAUUCUUGAAAACACCAGAGUUGACCAGCAAUCUUUGGAGAGAAUUGAAAAUGAAAUAAAAAAGUUGCAGAAGAGAGAUACAACUAUUAGUGACUUUAUGGAUCAGACACGUAAUUGGUUUGAUGAAAAUCGCAAAUUAGGAAAUCAAAUAAUUAGUUCCAUUCAUUCCAAUAUGCAAAAUACUACAGACCAAUUUAAAUUACUUAAAAUAUCAGUUGAUCAGGUUAAAGAUCAAAUUGAUGAAUGCAGAAAUGAAUGUAAGGAUGUGGGCGAAUUAAAAAAGCAAGUUGCUGAGCUUAAAAAAGAAGUUAGCAAGUUGAAGAAAGCUUCAUCAGAACAAACUAUUGAUGAUACUGAUCUAUACAACCUAGAUGAAGAUUACCAAACAAAUGACAGUACUUCAUCAUUUGCAACUCAGUUAUCAUUUCCACAAUCUCAAGUGAUACCACCAUUUAAUCAAAGAUUAGUGCCACCAUUUCCUGUGCCACCUCCAUAUCCAUAUCAGCUUUACAACCAAAGUUUAUAUAAUCUUUAUAACCAAUAUUCUCAGUUCAGUCAGCCCACAGCUACAGGCUCUCAACCAAUGUUUGAUCCAAGAUCGCAAGUAAAUUAUUCUGGAGUCUAUCCAACGCCAGAUCAAAUGUAUUUGGAUGUUGCUCAUCUUAUUCCACCAAAUGUGCCUACUGUACCACCGGUGCCUGUAGUGCCACCAGUAUCAACCAUACCGACUAAGCCAGCUGUACCAACUGUAUCUGUAGCAGCACCAAGCUCCUCUGUUACUUUGCCAAAAACAACAAUUAUGGACUCAAAAGAAGUAACAAGAUCAUUGCCUGUGAAUGUUGUUAUCACAUCUUCAGAUCCUUUGCCUACAUGUACAACCACUCCAGCUCCGAUUCUGAGUGUUACUAUUCCACCUAAACACAUAAAAGGAACUCCACAUAACUAUCAGAUAGCAAUGCCUACAACGAAUGAUACCAAAGUGAAUACUCCUCCUGUCUUUGUUUUUCCAGCUCAGAAUAAUAAGACCUCAACAACAUCAUCUAGUCUAGUUUCUAAUUGGAAUCAGUCUUCUGUAUUCAAAACAACGCCCGUUAGUUCGACAUCCACUUUUAAUUCUGUAAUAAACCCUACUUUAACUACACCAAAAGUUAAUGAUACUCUAGAUACUUCAAAGACUGUAGUAGACGGACUGUUUAGUGGUUCCUCUCCAAAUACUAGCCUCAAUAAAUCAAGAACCUUGUCGGAAAGGAGCAAUACAUCCGUGGAGAAUUAUGACCCUUGUCCAGACUUCAAACCUAUUGUUCCAUUACCAGCUGAAGUCAAAGUCACUACUGGGGAAGAAGAAGAAACUAUCAUUUUUAGUUCUAGAGCUAAACUUUUCCGCUUUGUUGAUAAGCAGUGGAAAGAAAGAGGUUUAGGUGAAAUGAAGCUGCUAAAACACAAAACUACAGGAAAAGUGAGAGUUCUCAUGAGAAGAGAACAAAUUCAUAAAAUCUGUGCCAAUCAUAUAAUUACGGCGGAAAUGGAAAUAACACAGAUGAAAAACGAAGCUAAAGCUUAUUUCUGGGUUGCAAAUGACUUUGCAGAUGAGACUGUAGUUCUUGAAAAGUUCUGUAUUCGUUUCAAAACAGCAGAUAUCGCCCAAGAUUUCUAUAACGCAUUUGAAAAGGCUAGACAAGAAUCUAUGGUCAAUAAAACAUUAAGCCCUAUUGCACCUAAAACUGACAAUGCUAAAUCACUCGGUUCGGAAAUAAGUGAUGCAAAUGCCACACCUUCUAAGGGGACUGUUGAUAAAGCUACACCUAAAGAGAAUAGCGUCCCGCCUGAAGCAACAACUACAGCUAAAGCUGUGGUAGGUGGAUUCACAUUUAGCAGUACACCAACAUUCAAACCUGUUACUGAUGAUGAUCCAUCAAAAUUAAUUACAUCUAAACCUCAAGAUGUUGCAACUUCAAAAGUUAACGUAUUCAGUGGCUUAUCGUUUAAGACAAACACUAGUUCACCAUUUAGCAAUCUGUUUAAUCCAGCUCCAGCCAAAAUGGAAGGAUCCAAUAAUAACACUCAAUCGUCUGUACAAGACACUUCAAAAUUGAAUAAUUCAGACACAGUUGAAGAAUUUGAACCUAAUGUUGAAUUUAAGCCUGUGGUACCUUUGCCUGCCUUAGUUGAACAAAAGACAGGAGAGGAAGACGAAACUGUUCUUUUCGAACAUCGCGCUAAAUUAUUAAGAUUUGAUCCUACUACAAAAGAAUGGAAGGAACGUGGGCUUGGAAAUAUAAAAAUACUUGUUCACAAAGAUAACACCCAGAAAGUGAGACUUUUAAUGAGGCGUGAACAAAUUAUGAAAGUAUGUUGUAAUCACGCGGUUACAAAUGAAAUGAUAUUUCAGAAAAUGCCUAACUUGGAUAAAGCUGUAACAUGGUGUGCCAAAGAUUUUUCUGAAGGUGAAUUGGUCGCUGAAACUUUCUGCUUACGAUUUAAAACAAUACAAAUGUGUGAUGAGUUCAUAGAAGCUAUUAAAUCUGCACAGACCAAAAUGACUACAGUUACAAAAGUAAACGAUGUGAAAGAGAAACAAGCAGAAAAGCUGAAUAAUGAAGCCUUCAAAACUGAAAACAAGCCAUCCAAGCAAAACAACACAACUGGAUUUGGUGAUAAGUUUAAACCUAAAGCUGGUUCUUGGCAAUGUACUACAUGUUACACGAAUAACUUGGAAAAUUACACAAAAUGUGCCUGCUGUGAAACACCACAGCCAAAGAGCUCUGUUCCUACUCCAGCUCCAGUCAAUGCUUCAAAUAACAAUGAUAAACCCCCCGUUACUACUGUGGGUUGGGGAGACAAAUUCAAACCUAAACCAGGAAGUUGGGAGUGUAAAGAUUGUUUUGUUCGUAAUGAAGCUUCACUUGAAAGUUGUAGCGCCUGUAAUAGCCCCAAGGAUCCUACCAAAGCAAAAGCCCCUAUAAAGCUUGCAUCUGAUAAUGCACCUAAAUUUAAUUUUGGUAUUCCUCAAAAAACGACGUCAGUUUUCGGCAAUAGUUCUGCUGGGCCUCAAUUCCGUUUUGGUAUUUCACCGGCUGCUAACGAGCAACAAGGUACAGAUACCACAUCGAUAUUUGAUGGCACUGGAGCACAUAAAUUUAGUUUUGGUAUUCCAUCAAACGCCCCGACUUCAACAUCUGGCGAUCAAAAGUCGAGCGCAUUAUUUGAUAUACCAAAGACUUCCGUUGAGGCGCCUGUCGAUUUUUCAAAAAAGAUUGAUGAUAAUUCCUCUGGAAAACCAGCACUAUUGCCAACACCGAAGACAGACAACACCCCUAAUUCUUUUGGGUUUAAAGAAACUGGCACAUUUGACUUCGUAUUCAAACCAAAAACCCCAACAAAAGCAAAAAGCCCUGCAAAAUCGGAUCAUGGUGCAGGUGAUGACAGUGACGGCAAUGAGUAUGCUGUAGAAGACGAAUGCCACCAAACCUUUACUCCUGUUAUACCCCUGCCUGAUAAGGUUGAAGUAAUUACUGGUGAAGAGAAUGAGACUGAACUUUACGCGCAACUAGCUAAACUUUAUCGAUUUUCAUCAGUUGAAUGGAAAGAACGCGGAAAAGGAAUUGUCAAAAUCUUGAAACACAAGGAUACUGGUAAAUUAAGAGUGGUGAUGCGCAGGGAUCAGGUCUUAAAAAUAUGUAUGAAUCAUGCUUUAACUCCUGAAAUUAUAUACAAACCAAAAGAUGAGAAAUCUUGGCUCUUUGUGGUUAAUGACUUCAGUGAAGGGGAGCUGACCCUAGAAAAUUUCUGCUUAAGGUUUAAGAGCAUCGAAAUAGCCGCCGAAUUCAAGAAAGCUAUUGAUGAAGCACUAAAAGGUUUGCCUCCGAAAAAUGAUCAAAAAGAUGUAAAGUUGGAAAAGAAAGAAAGUGAUGAAAGUGACGACGUAGUUUUUGUUAGUGAAAUACAAGCCACAUCUGAGGAAAAACAGAAAGCUAAAGAGCUGAUGCUACCCGAGAAUUUCUUUACAUACAAAAAUAAGGAACCUUGCCAGGGUUGCCGAGGAUGCAAUGAAAGUGACAACUCUAAUGCGUCCUCAUCAGACUCAAAGUCCGAUAGUAACACAACUUUAACUCCAUCAACUGAGUCGCCUGCUCUUGAGAUUAAACCCUCAAAAACAUUAGCAAAUCUGAAAGCUACGACUACAUCUACACCAGUGAAAACAACAACUUCAAUCUUUUCAAGUCCAACCAAUUCAGUAUAUGGAACUCCAAGCAAUUUAGAGAAAACUGUUGAUACAUCUAUAUUCCGAACUCCAUUGGGAUCUAUUGGAUCUAACUCAAAAACUCCUAUUGCUGAUCAAAAUAAUUUUGGUAUAAACAAAGAGAACACCUUUAUUCAGCGACCUAAUAUUUUCUCGGGAUUUGGGGAACAAAGUGUAAAAUUUGAAUCUUCCCAGAACAAACCAACUUCCUUGAUUGGUAGUGGUGAUUCUCAGACUGCUGCCAGCUUGAACAAUUCUAUACUUAGACAGCCAAAACUCAAUAUUCUCAAUCCUUCAAAUAAAGAUACAAACGAAAAUUCAACAUUCCGAACAGUGCCGCCUAAAUUUGUAUUUAGUGACACUAAACUUAAUAUUGGUAAUUCGAAUACGGGAGUCUCUAGCAAUAAGUCAAUAUUCGAGUUUUCAAAAGAUAAUAAGACAGACGCUCCAAACACUGAAGUUAAGUCUAUUUUUGGUGAUGAUAACAAGUCAGAGAACUUAUUUACGAGUGUUCAUCAAGGAAGUAUAUUUGGACCUGGUGCAUUAUCAAACAAUCAAUCGAAAUUUGGUACUGAUACCUUUGGGUCAGCCUUUGGUUCCAUUUCACAAAAUCCAGUAUUUGAUGCUGGAAAAUCAUUAUUCAGUAAUGCUGCAUCAUCAUUUGGUGAAAUUGCCAGUAAAGAGCAGCAAAAAGUGGAUUCAACUGUACUAAGCGCUGGUGGCGAUCACAAACCUGAAGAAAAGAAGUCUGAGAAGAUAGAGCCAGUCCUAAAUGCUGAUAACAAUCUAACAUUUGCUGCUUUGUCAUCCAGUAGCGGAGCUUCUUUUAAUACCAUUCAAAAGAAGCCAGAUUUCCAAUGGGAGAGCGCUGGUCAGCAGUUAUUCGCUGCAGCCCAAAAGUCAGGAAAAGAUAAAACAAACAAUGAUAGCGGCGCCGGCGACGAGGCCGGUGCCGGCGACGAAGACUACGACCCGCACUACGAACCCAUCGUGCCUCUGCCUGACAAGAUCGUAGUCACUACGGGCGAGGAGGACGAGGAAAAACUGUUCGGCGAGCGCUGCAAACUGUACCGGUACGACGAGAAGACUCGAGAGUGGAAAGAACGAGGUGUCGGUGAAAUGAAAGUCUUGUAUCAUCCGGACAGGAAGACUUACCGACUUCUAUUACGUCGUGAACAGGUACAUAAAGCUGUGUUGAACAUGCUGCUGUACAUGGACUUGGAGUUACUGCAGAUGAAGAACUCUGAUCGGGCUUGGACAUGGGCAGGCCGCAACUUCGCCGAGAACUCCGCCGGCGAGCAAGAGACGCUGGCCGUGCGCUUCAAGUCGGUCGCCUUGGCUACAGCUUUCCAGGAAAAAGUCGUCGAAUGUGUCCGGAAAUUACAAUCAGCCGCCGCACAAGCUGUAAGGGAUGAAAAGGAGUCUGGAAAUGUGUCACUGUUGAGAUUGCCUAAACAUUUGCAAGAGAGUGCUCGCGCUGAUAACGCCAUAACCGUUGAAGUGACCCAGCGGAUAACCGCGACUAGCGGCCAGGAGACUGAGGCUAAGACUGAAUCUGCUGCCGAUGACUACACGCCUUCGCCAGUAACACAGCUAUUUAAACAGGAACACUUCCAAGAGUCAGAAGGAGAUCAUGAUGAAGACGAUGACGAAUAUGAAAACGAUUAUGAUGGAUACUAUAAUGAGGAGGAAGAAGAAAAUGCAGCCUAUUAUUCAUGCGAUGGCGAAUCAAUCAUUUGUCAGGGCGACAACGAGACCACCUGUUCCAAUGCUCACAUACAAGUGGUGUUCGAUCAAGAGGUCUACUCGCCAAAGAUCCUAGUUACUGAUUCUGCCACGGGCGAAGUGCUUGCAGAUAUGAUUAUUUAUACUGACACCGAAUUCCAGAUGAGCGGCGACUCGUGCAAGUGGUCGGGCACGGACUUCACCAGCAACGACCCCGUGGACAAGACGGUCACCAUCAAAUUCUUUGACAGCGACACUGCUAUGCAGUUCUACGAUAGCUGUGAGACCAGUAAAGCGGCCACGUACGCGUCCACAGAUCCCGAGUCUUAGGAAUUUAAUAUUUAAACGCCUAAACAAGUAUUGUAAUUUCAAUCGUAGAAUAAAUCCCAUAUUUGGUUUAGUAAGUAAGUGUGUAGACCGAGUUUUCUAUUUUUUUAAUAUGAUGUUGUUUAUAAAGUCGAGUGACUAAAAAUAGACCCUUUUUUGUUUGUUGAGAGUCCAAUUUUGUUACCUGUUUUUAUAUUUGCUAUUUAGAUCUCAAAAAACCUAAAAGCGUUUUAUCAUUUCUAUGUUAGGAACGGAUAUUACAAUAAUAAAUAAUUAUGACAUUAGUACUACCAGAAAAAAAAAUCCAAAAAAAUGUACUUUAAGAAAUAAGUACUUGCUUGUAUAGAACAUUUUGGUGACAAAGGAAUAAUAUAGUCAUUUGAAUUAAAUUGUCUUGUAGAGUCCAAAUCAUAUAAUUCUGAAGCCAGCCAUUUGGGUUAUAUAAAUAAGUGCUUAUCUAAUCAUGUUGAAUAUGCAAGUGUAUUUUUUAAUUGUGACAAAAGGAGAUCUAACCAACACUUGUUGACAUUUUUAAUGUAAAUAAAUGAUCACUUUGUUUGACGAAGUUUAUGAUUAUGUAAUAAUAAACGUGCAAAUGUUCCUAAUUGGUUAGGUCUUUUUAAAUGUCGGUAUGGAGCUACGAGUGAUGCCAAGUUGUUCGUUUUUGUAUAUUAAUAUCACUCUUAGCUUCAUGUGUUUGAAGAAAAAUCUUGAUUCGUAUAGCAUUACAUAAUCGUCAUAAAAUCUCGAGUAUUUAUUCACAUAUUAAUAUUAUACAAGAUACAUCAGAAAUAGAAAAUGUUUAGACAACUGAAACAAAUGUAAUGAUGAUUGUGAAAUCUUGAAUUAAGGUUAGUAAAGAUAUACUGGUUUUAAAUGAGAAAAGGAUUGUUCUUGUUGUGAUACUUUUAAAUAACUUAAAAAUUGAAGUUCUUGAUGACUUUAUUAUUUCCUUUUCUCAUUUAAAGUAAUUAAGAACUUAUUAUCUGAUGAAUCAAGCGUAAUAAAUAAAAAUUGAUCCAA